AUGCCGAGAAAGCGUGAACCAAGAGCGUGCGAUAUCUGUCGCAGCCGCAAAGUACGAUGCAAUUCAUCUGAGAUAGGCUUGCCUUGCUCAAAUUGCUCUCGAGUUUCUGCAGUCUGCUCUCUGAAUGCCGCGUGGGGGAAAACACCGCUGGAGAAGCCGGCUCGGAACCAUGUUCCUUCUGCCAAUAUCCAUACAUUCAGGGUCGGCGAGUCGAAGUCAUAUGUUCCAUCGAGCGAAAAUACAUUCAAAGUCGCUGCAACAUUCUCAAGCCAAGCUUCGUCAGAUGCUCUUCACCGCAAUGCCACGGACAAAUCGCCACAAGGUCUUAUUGAUCCACUUCUACCACCACUCAGUGUCGAAUUGCCAAAUUAUAUUAAGCCCCUCCCUAGGACCAUCGACCAGGAUAUUUUGCGACUGCUGUACCAAAAAGGGGCGCUGAAAGUUCCCCCAAAAGAAGUAUCCGAUGAGCUGGUCCGAGGCUUUAUUUGCUACGUGUACCCCUUCUUACCAGUGCUGGACUUGGGCACCUUCCUUGACGCAUUAGGCGGCACAAACGGCCAAACUAUAAGCCUACUAUUGUUCCAGGCGGUAAUGAUGGUAGGUGCCACAUUUGCCGAGUUUUCACAGUUGAAGCGUGCAGGGUUUCAGAGUCAUAAGGAUGCCCAAAGGAUAUUCUUCGAGCGUGUCAAGCUGCUCUACGACAUGGACGUGGAAUCGAACUCAAUAACGAUGAUACAAGUUCUCCUUCUGAUGACGCACUGGCAAGGACAACUCAAUGACCCAAAGGGACGACUCUACUGGCUUGGGAUCGCUCUGUCAUUCGCUACUGGUAUGGGUUUGGACAGCGCUGAUCGUUUCCCUCACCAAUCGGACCAAGGCCGAUUCUGUGGCAGACUAUGGGCCUGCUGCAUGACCAGAAGCCAUAUCUUAUCCCUGACGGAGCGUCGGCAAAUCCCUCUUCACUAUUUCGCCAGAGAGGUGCAAGUCCUUCGCUUAGAAGACUUGGACUGUCUGGCUUUGACUCGGGGGUUGGAGAUGUACUACCUACCCGGCCGUGACGUGGAAGCAAAAGCCAUGUGCCACUUUUACAUACAGAAGAUCAAGUUGUGUGUCAUCCUCAGACAUAUUUUCGAAUUGCAGUAUGAACGAAGAGGCUUGAAGUGUGUUGAUUCGAGCGAUACAUUAAUGGUGCUGAUGCCAAAGACGAGAACUCCCAGCGUCUACAUGGUUGCUCACGACCAAGAACUCCGUGAUUGGUACGGGGAGACCUCUUCGAUGGAUACCGCCUUCGGUCAGGACCAUCGCAGGAAUGGAAGGGUACUAGGUGUUCACUCAGCGGCACUGGAGAUGCUUUAUUUGACCGCACUGACCGCAGUCCACCGUCCAAACGGCUUAUAUGACCAGUCACCAGAUUCUGCCACUAGAGCAUUGCAGGAUUUUUCGUGUCUCACCUUGAGAUCUUCUGCAAGGCGAAUUACAGAAAUCGCAAGACUUCUGGAGGGCAGCAACGUUGUACAAUAUCUUCCACCGUUAGCCAUUGGUGCUUUCAUCGCUGCAUCUAUUCAGCAUCUUAAAGAUGCCCUAUCUUCGGACUCAGAGCUGCAGGGCACAGGGUCACUCUAUCUCAGCCAAACUCUUCGGGUAUUCGGGCUAUUGAGGAUGAAGUAUAAUUCUGUGGACUCCGCGAUCUGCUUUAUCGAGCGUGUCAAAAGCAGCAAAGACCUCUCUCACUCUUUCGAAUGGGAGACUCGAUUCCAUCCCAUGAAUCUUUGGGACGAAAUUAUUACAACAAGCUACUCUACUGGAGAGCAAAAGCCCAGAAGUCCUGCGGAGACACCGUCCCUGUCGCAGCUUAAUAUGCAAGGUAAUAACCUGAGCUUGACUGAACAGAUCCAUCCCGCGACGCCUCAGAGUUUCCACGACAGCAACGAAAUCUCCAAUGCACCAGCCCGGCCAGUCCUAAAUCUCGAGGGCUACUCUGAGAUACUCCUAGCAACCAUGGACUGGUCACAGGUCGAUCCAGCCAUGACCACUGGAAUUUAA